AUGGAGAAGCAUCGAGUGGUGGAGUGCGUGAGCGAGCUGGUGACGACGAUCCUGCGCAAGGACACGAGCCAGCACGGGGCGGUGCUGGGGCGGUACUGCCGGGAGGACAUGCUCCUGCGCCACCCGCUGUUCGAACUGCGCGGGCGCGAAGCCCUGGUGAGCCUGUUCGAGGGCUGGUCGGCCUACAAUCGCCGGAUCUCCUGCACCAUCCACGACGUGGUGUACGACGAGGCCCAGGGCCUGGUGAUGGUGGACCUCACCCAGCACCUGGUGUUCCCACUCCUGCCCGUGGCCCAGGCCGACUUCCAGAUGUGGGUCAAGUUCACCCUGCGCGACACCGACGACGGAAGGAAGGUGAUCGUGAGACAGGAGGACAUCUACACGGCGCGAGGCAUCUUUAGAAUGUGGCUCCCCGGCCGCCUGAUCCACGAAUACUACAUGUUGCCGCUAGGUACGAUUGCGGCCUCGAUCAUCACUGCAUCGAUCGCCGCGUGGAGCAGCGGUCGAGGGAUCAAGCGGGAGUGA